CGCGACGCUCCGACAAUGGCGACUGCGUCAGCCUGAGCGGGCCUUCGUUUUCAAGUGGUUUCCGGACGUGGCCGCGGGAGCCGCAGUCGCCUCAGACCCGGUCGGCGGCGGUGGCGCGCGCGCGCGCUCCCGCCGCGCCCUGGAUCGAGCGGCGGCGGCGGCGGCGGCGAGGCCCGGCGGGGCGAGCGAGCAUCAGCUCGGCCUCUUAGCUCUCUCAGACCCUGCCCCUGGGCUAAGUCGGCAACAUGAGCGGCAACAACUUGGAUGCGAAUGAUGAGUUUGAUGAGCAGUUGCGAAUGCAAGAAUUGUACGGAGACACCAAGGACGGCGACACCCAGAAAGAUCCCGGUGGAGAAACCGAUUCUUUCGGGCAGCAGCCGGCUGACACCCCGUACGAGUGGGACCUGGACAAGAAGGCUUGGUUCCCCAAGAUCACUGAAGAUUUCAUUGCUACAUAUCAGGCCAAUUACGGCUUUUCUAAUGAUGGUGCGUCUAGCUCUACUGCAAGUGUCCAGGAUGUCAGUGCUAGGACCGCAGAGGAGCCUCCGCAAAGGAAAACCCCUGAACCCAGUGAUCCCAGAAAGAAAGGAGAAAAGAGAAAGGCUGAAUCAGGAUGGUUUCAUGUUGAAGAAGACAGAAAUACAAAUGUUUAUGUGUCUGGUUUGCCUCCAGACAUUACAGUGGAUGAGUUUAUUCAGCUCAUGUCUAAGUUCGGCAUUAUUAUGAGAGAUCCUCAAACAGAAGAGUUUAAGGUCAAGCUUUACAAAGAUAAUCAAGGAAAUCUUAAAGGAGACGGGCUCUGCUGUUACUUGAAGAGAGAAUCUGUGGAUCUUGCAUUAAAACUUUUGGAUGAAGAUGAAAUCAGAGGCUACAAAUUACAUGUGGAGGUGGCAAAGUUUCAACUGAAGGGGGAAUAUGAUGCCUCAAAGAAGAAGAAGAAGUGCAAAGACUACAAGAAAAAGCUGUCUAUGCAACAAAAGCAGUUGGACUGGAGACCUGAGAGAAGAGCAGGCCCGUCCCGAAUGCGCCACGAGCGAGUUGUCAUCAUCAAAAAUAUGUUUCAUCCUAUGGAUUUUGAGGAUGAUCCACUGGUGCUGAAUGAGAUCAGAGAAGACCUUCGAGUAGAGUGUUCAAAGUUUGGACAAAUUAGGAAGCUCCUUCUCUUUGAUAGACACCCGGAUGGCGUGGCCUCUGUGUCCUUUAGGGAGCCGGAGGAAGCUGAUUAUUGUAUUCAGACCCUUGAUGGGAGGUGGUUUGGUGGCCGUCAGAUCACUGCGGAGGCGUGGGAUGGGACUACAGAUUAUCAGGUGGAGGAGAGCACAAGAGAAAGGGAGGAGAGGCUGCGGGGCUGGGAGGCUUUCCUCAACGCCCCCGAGGCCAACAGCGGCCCUCCGCGGGCUGCCGCAGCCUGUGCUCCCGAAAGGGCCGGGCCUUCGAGAGCCAGGCAUUUCUCAGAGCGCCCUGGCGCACCUGGAGCAAAUGUUCCAGAAACCGCGACUGAGCAGGCAUUGGAAGAAGCUGUAGAUGCAAAGAAGCUUGAAAAGCCAGAAGAUGGGGGUGAAGCUGAAGAAGCCGCUUCUGGAACAGACGCUAAAGAAAGUGGCCCUGACAAGGAGGCUGGAGAAGGCCGCCCCCAGAGGGAGCGGGAGGCGGGCUGCCCCACGGGCGCGGAGGGCGGCGCCGGGAAAGGGCCGGAGGGGACGCGUCUCCCUCCGGCCGAGGAGGCCAAGGAGAACGGCUCCGGACGAGAAUCCAGAACGAAGAGGCUCAAAACGGCCCCGGAAGAGAACGGCCUCGAGAGGGAGCCGGAGGCGGAGGGCCCGGGCGGGGAGCCUGAGCCGGAGGCGGCCGCAGACGGCGGCGACUCGGAGCGCGAGUCCGAAGACCGCUGCUCGGACCCGGACCCGGACCUGCAGCGUGAGGCCGGCUCGGGCGAGAACGGCCUGGGGCAGGGCUUUGAGGAGGGCGCCUCCGACGGGGGACCGGGACCGAAGGAAGCCGGUCCUGGCAGAGAGCCGGAGGACAAUGACUCAGAAAAGUCCGAGCUCGGAGACGACAGCUCCGGGAAGGCGUUCGAUGAGGAAGACUCCGAGAAGGAGUUGGACGAAGAGUCCGAGGAGAAGGAAGAGGAGGAGGAUGCGUAUGAAAAAGUGUUUGACGAUGAGUCGGACGAAAAGGAGGACGAAGAGGAUGCCGAAGAAAAGGGGCCAGAAGAUGCUGAUGAAAAGGACGAAGACGACGACGCAGAUGAAAAGGUGUUUGAAGAUUCAGACGGAAAAGACGACGAGGAAGACGUAGAUGCCAAGGAGGGUGAAGACAUAGAUGACAGGAUGUUCCAAGAAGACGAUUCCAACGAGAAGUUGUUUGAUGACGAUUCUAGUGAUAAGCUGUUCGAAGAUUCUGACGAGCGAGGGACUGUGGGUGGCUUAGGGGAUGUUAAGGAGGAAGGGCCCCUGUCCACAGGCAGCAGCUUUGUCCUCAGCAGUGACGACGACGACGACGAUAUUUAAUCCCUUGAAGUUGCUUUUUAGGGAGACCCGCUCCAUCUGCAUUUUGCCUCUGCUCCAGGGUAAUUGCUAGUAGAGUUACAUGAACGUGUGCAUAGUGGUAGGAUGCCAUCAGAUCAAUGCAGUGGCGUUUUCAUUGUUACUUGUACUUAAUGAUUUUAAAUACCUGUCAAUUGGCUGUUCAGUUUAAACUUCAUAGCGUAAUGCAAGUAAACUGGAUACUCUGUCCUUUGUCAUAUUUGUUAAAUGCAUGCAGAAUAAUAUUUUUUAAAGUAUUCUGAUUGAAGUUUGUGAUAAUUCAAAAAUAAAAAAAUAAGUUGUUAAUAUGCAGAAACUGAAAACUGGACUUGAGUUAAAUUGCAUUUCUAAUUCUUGCUGUUGCUUUAUUCAUGCUAAAGUUUGGUUUUUCUAAGGACUCGGAAAGUCCCUGUAGGUGUCGCCUUGCUUCCAGCUUAUGGUCCUGCUGAGGUCUCCAGUUCCUUUCUCUAAACCAGAGUAUGUUGCUUCUUUGGAGUUUUCCCCUGCCCGGUUUUCAUAGGUUACUUUUCUUUUUCUCUUCUACCCUCUUCCCGUGAAAAUUGACUUUUCAGUGUGCAAAAGUGAACCUCCCAAGAUCCACAGCUUCCAUUAUUGAAAAUACAGAGAGCAGAUGAGAAUUCUGCUGUGUACUGUUUGGACCCCUCUAGAAGUUGAUUAAAGUUACAGGACCUUUCCCCAGAAAAUGUAUACACACACUACACGAGCUUUUGUAUACAGUUUGGGGAGGUUCAUGAAUCCCUUGGCAUUUAAGAACUUUUGUCAUGUCUAUUUCAGUUUUUUGUUUUUGAUUUUGUUCUAGAUUCAUAGUACCUAGUACUAGGCUAAGUUGUAUAGUCCCAGUAAAAAGAAAUUGGGUCUUUUUUGAUUGUGCUUUCCAAAUUCAGUAUUGAUGAACUGACUUCUCAUGUAGUGUUAAGAUGUUAUUCUCAUAAAUUAGAAGAAUUAAAAUAAACUGCGUUGGUGCUUUUUCA